AUGCACUUCUCAACCCAUGUCGUGACUGCCUUGGCCAUCGCAGCCGGCACCGCCCACGCUGGCUUCUCCGAGGAAGCCUCGGAAGCCAAUGCUCCCGGCAGCAGCAGGAUAGGCUCAGCCCCUACCACCCAGAAGGCCGAAACCUUCGUGAAGCCCACUGAGUCCGCCACGACGGCCAAACCCACCAUCAUCGCCAAACCCGCCACGACGGCCAAACCCAGCACGACCCUCUACCAGCCCAUCUGGGAGCCCAGCGUCGUUGUCGUCGAGACCAGCGCCACCGUCUCCGAGCCCUGCCCCUCGUGCACCCACGCCCCGACAACCACCGCCCCAAUCUACUCCAGUGCCUCGCAGCCUCACUACGGCACUCCCUCCAGCGUGUCCGAACCGCAGCAUCCAGCUUCAUCCGUCCGACACCCCGGCCCCGCGGCCUCCCACAGCACCAGCACCAGCACCUUCAAUAGUGUUGGACCCACCGCCCCUGCUCCCACGCACCCCAUCCCAGCAACCUCCACCCCGGCAGCAGUCCACCCCACCGUCACCCAACCAAGCGUCCCUUUCAGUGUCAUCGGAUCGACCGGCGCACCAACCCACCCUCCCCCGGUGCCCCCGUCAACCCCCCGCAUCCCCAUCCCCCUCUCCACGGGGUCCGUCAGCUCGUCGACCCACCGGUUCUCCAACUCAACCACCUCCACCCUGUCCCGCGCGACGAGCGGUAGCAAUGGCGGCGGUGGCGGUGUGGUCCCUGCGGCGCCCACUGUUACAGGGUUCGAGCCUUCCAGCUCCGGUGUGAGGAUGAUUGUCCCCGGUCUGGCUGUGAUUGGGGGGAUUGCGAUGGGGUUGCUUGUUUUGGCUUAG